AUGAAAGAUCCAAAAUAUGCACGCUUUCUUCAAGAAUGUAAAACAAAUCCUCAUUUUGCACAUUGUUCAAUAUGUAAAUCAGAUUUUUCCAUUGCCAACGGAGGAACAUAUUUAAUUAAUCGUCAUAUUGAACAAAUAGGUCAUAAACGUUUACUUGCAUUUGAAGAUAAAGAAAAAUCUCGUUCAAUGCGCGAAUUUAUCACUCCAUCAACUUUAUUAACCAAAUUGACUGCUGCUGAAUUAAGUCUUGUAUAUCAUGGAGUACAUCAUGGCCACAGUUAUGUUAGUCAAUCAUGUGUCGUUGAUCUUGCGAAAAAUAUUCAGUGUUUCUAA